AUGCUGACCCGCUGCAACUCGCUGCUGCGCGGCCACUCGGCCGUGCGCCCCGCGGUCGUGCAGCACAUCCUGACGCUGCUGGCCCACGGCAUGACCCCCAUCUUGCCCCUGCGCGGCAGCAUCUCAGCCUCGGGUGAUUUGACUCCCUUGGCGUAUAUCGCGGGCGCCGUGGAAGGGAAUCCGGACAUCUCCGUGCACAAGGACCGCGACGGGUCAAUCGUGCCCGCCGACGAGGCCCUGCGCGAACUGGGACUGAGUCCGUUGGAGUACGGCCCCAAGGAAGGGCUGGGUCUGCUGAACGGCACCGCGUUCAGCGCCGGCGCCGCCAGUCUGGUCCUGGUCGAAUCCACCCAGCUGCUGCUGCUGUCGCAGGUGUUGACGGCCAUGGGCACCGAGGCAUUACGCGCGCCCGCAUCCCGGCCCCAGAUCGAGAACCUGGCGCUGUCACUCAUGCAGGUCGAGAUCGAGCUGAAUUGGACGACGGAUAACCCGCUGCUGGACCCGACGGAGCAGCGCAUCCACCACGGGGGGAACUUCCAGGCGGCGGCGGUCACCUCGGCCAUGGAGAAGGCGCUGGGGGCGCUGCAGAUGCUGGGCAAGAUCCUGUCCUUCGCGUUCAAGGGCGUGGACAUCAACAUGGCGGCGUAUCUGUCCGAACUGGGCUAUCUCAGCCACCCGGUGAGUAAGCACGUGCAGUCCGCCGAGAUGCACAACCAGGCGUUGAACUCGCUGGCGUUCCUCGCCUGUCGCUACACGGCCGACGCCGUCGAGGUGCUCUCGCUGAUGGCGGCGACCUACCUGUACGUGCUGUGUCAGGCACUGGAUCUCCGCGCUCUGCACCAGGAAUUCGAGAGCACCGCUCGAGCGUCCAUCGACUGA